ACAACGCCACGCUAACGAAAACCGACGACAACAAAGAUGACGACAACACCUACCACAACAAAGGCGACCACGAAACCGACGACAACGAAGCCAACAACCACCGCGACAACAACAAAACCGACGACAACCAAGCCAACAACCGCCGCGACUACAACGAAACCGACGACCAGACCAGCAACAGCCAUCGCUACAACAAAAGCAACGACGACACCAACCACCGCUAAACCAACUACAACCACAUCGAAACCAGCGGCUACAACAACCAAGCCCACAACGAGAAUGACGACCCCAACCACCACAAAACCCACAACAGCAAAGCCCACGCCUACCACAACAAAGCCACCGACGACACCAACAACACCGCAAACCACUGUCACGACUACCAAGACUUCCCCAGUAACAGCGAAACCAACCACAUCUGCUACCACAAAACCCACCACGAAACCGGCAACAACCAUUCCCGUCACCACCAAAACCCCGACCACAAUUAAGGCGACUACCCCAAGCACGACAACCAAACCAACCACGUCCAAACCAACAUCACCCUCAACUGUAGCACCUACGACAACGCAAAAGCCGACCACGAAACCAACGACUCCGGUAACAUCUAAGCCAACAACUACCGUUGCCACAACGAAACCUACGACAACCACGGCGAAAGCGACCACUGCAGCGUUGAAUACCAAGCCGACCCCGACCCGACCCACAACGAAGUCGACCGUAAUAUCAACUCCGACUACAACAGAGCCUUCGACACCAACAACGCCUCUGACAUCGAAACCGACGACAGUUAGUGUGACCAGUAAGUCGACGAAUCCGCCAACAAUCGGGACUCCAACGACCCGAACAUCCAUAUCUACCACCGCCAGUACGCAGUUUACUGCAACCACGAAAGCGACAAUCACGACGGUGGCAACUUCCGCCGGUACGUUACCACCUGUGACCGUUGUAACUAAUCCGCCAACACCUAUGGUAACGCCACCGCCGACACCGAUGCUGACGGCACCGCCCGUCACGUUUUCAACGAACUCCCCAACACCGGCACCGACGACUGAGUUUACCACGACAGCGGCAUCGAUGACCACGCAGAGCAACCAAGAAACGACGACAGUCUGCUUCAAUGUCAACGCUUUGCCUUUUGCGCCAACCACGGUUUCGGUGCAGGCAACGCUCAGUCCGAAUAGCAACGGGCAGACUGCCAUCGUAGCGAAUACGCUUUGCUCUACGCCAUCUCGAGCUGCAUCCAACUCGAGAUCCAAUGAAGGACGAGCGUUUUACUAGAUGCUAUUUUAAUUUUCAAAAAUCGACGUGUAAUCAGCGGUUUUUAGUAAAUUAUUUUGUGGCGCUGUAUUUCUCAAUCUGAAGCUUAUUUAUUUGCCUAAGCGAUUUCAUUUAUUAUAACAUUCUUCAAAGUUCACACAAUCUUAUUGCUAGUUGUAGCAAACCUCACCCAUUACUGUUCAGCAGUAUAGCAACGGUCAUGUACUCUUAUUAGAUCUUAUGAUACGAACAAAUGGUUA